AUGUCCGUGGUGCUGGAUGUGAAUACCAUUAUGACGGCCCUGUGGCCGUCAGCCAGAGGGAAGGUGACGCGGUCGACAGGGCAGAUUCUGGAAAUCACUCUAGUCGACAAGGGGACAACGCGAUUCACUCAUGUCGUCUUUGACCCCACGGACGAGGCGACGUUUUACGCGAGCAGUAGUGAGGGGCUUGUGUAUCUGUUUUCUCUUCGCAAGAACGCUGUGAAACUCUUCGCGGCUCUUGAGUAUCCAAUCGCCUCAAUGGCACGUUGUGGCAACGGGGCGAAUCCACUGUUUGUGUGUGCAACGGAGGAUUUGAGCCUUGUUUGGUUGGAUUGCAGGACGAGCCGCAUUCUUCAAAGAGUGAAGACACCGCAUCUUCACGCUGUUCAUAUGAUGCAUGCUCCGGUUGGUUUGGGUUCUUCUUGGUUGGCCACCAUUUCGCGAGAUGCAUUGGCUCUAUGGGACGCCACACAAAUGGCGUGUCAAGUGCAUAGCCACAUAACGACAGCAGACGCGAUACAUGACUUUUUGAGCGUGCACGCCGAGGCGAACCUUCUUUUGACGGUGGAGAAUUCUGGAGUCGUCAGGACAUGGGACACUUUUACUUUAAUGCCAAUAAACACCGUAAAGGUUGAGAUGCGUCCACGCACAGCAGCGGCAUGCCAAAAGUAUAUCGCUCUUGGAUUUUCGAAUGCAACUGUCGGUUUCUUGAAAAUCCCAGAUUUGUCUUCUAUUUGUUGUGUUCAGCUUUCUACGGCACCUGCGGCAACGCGUUCUCUCUCAAUUAUAAACGACGAUCUUCUUGCUUGUGAACUAACAGAUGGCACCGUUGUUUUUUUGUUGGUCAGUAACUACAGCGUGGCCUUUGCAAUGGCUGCAUCAUGCAGUGGUGUGGCGUGUAGAGGCCCUGCAUCUUUUAGCGUAUCAGGUCCGUCCUUUGGUGUGUUUUUGCGUGGCAAUCAGUUGACUCUCUUUUAUCUUCCCAUAGCUCGUCAGUACUACCUGCGACGGACAAAGUGGAAUGGUGCAGACCCAAAUCCGGCAUUGCCGCAGCAGCUAUAUCCCUUUCUGCGGCAAGGAGAGAGCACUCGUGCGACGGGACCCGCAGAACAGGAGCAGAAAAGUAUUAGGGACACCACCCUUCCGCGUCCCGCCAUUCAUCUGAGCGAACAGCAAGUGUCUAAAUGGGUAAAGGUGGAUCUUCUGCGUCCAUCUACUGCAGCUACAGCUGCCAAGGAAGUUGGAAGCCGAACUUGUGUAGCCUCAUCCCAUAAAUUUGAAGCGCCUUUCAAGGGAAGAAAGGCAGGUGCCGAGAUGGGUGCGAAUGAGAUGAAGGAAAACGAACUAUCGCAGAGGCCAUUCUUGGAUAGGGCAUCUCGGGCCGCCAACAUGAAGUAUUUGAAACGUCUGCUUAUGAGCUAUGGAAUGUUUCCAGAGAAAUUUCGAUCUCUUAUUUGGCGGUUUCUUCUGCAACUCUCAGAGCGACGCUUUACGGCCCCACAGUACACUCAGCUUCUCAGCAAAGGGACGCAUAGAUCAGUUCAUUCUCUCUUAAGGCCUUUUCCUUUGGCCAACAAAAAGAUGCGAACUGCAAUGGAGAAUGUCCUGUCAAUAUUGGCGUGGCAUGUGCCUUUUUUUGCUGUGAUUCAUUUUUUGCCCAUGAUUGUUUACCCCUUUUUGCAAGUAUACGGGGAUGACAUACAAUCGACGGUGGAGGUUGUCCUUGUUGUUUUGUCCAAUUGGGGACAGGAGUUCUUUCAAUAUUACCCGCAACAUCCAGUUGCUCUCACCGCAUUACUCAACCAGCUGCUUCGUACCGAGGAUGCAGAGCUGCACAGCCACCUCGAUCAAUGUGGAGUCAUGGCUGAAGAAUGGGGCUGGGAACUGCUGAAAUCGUUCGACACCGAUAUCCUCACCACUGCAGCAUGGUUACAAGUGAUGGACCACGUCUUCUUCAACAGGCCAAUUUGGUUUUUCCUUUUCCAUGUACGGUGGCUUGUAAGUCUUCGUGCAAAGCUAAUGAAAUUGUAUGAACAUCAAGAGCUUUUGGCCGCUUUUAGCGCAGCACAAUCUAUUAAUGUCAACAAAGUCAUUGCGGAAGCCUAUGGUCUGUAUGGCCGAUAUCCCACGGGAGAUUUGACUGAACCGUAUAGGGAACUCCAUUCGUUCGUCGACUAUGCAUAUCCUGUUGCAUGGAAAAUUAACAAGGAGACGAUUACCAGAAAGUUGGCGGAUUUUCAGCAGUCCCUUCAGCACGAAGGGCAGGAAGCGGAACUUUGCCGUGAACUUCAGGGUAUUCGCGAGCAGAUGACGGAGGCCGAGGUGCUGGAAGAUGUGUUUGUUGAAAAGAGACGUGCUGAAUUUGCCGCCCAACUCAUCAUGGCGAACGAUCAUUUGCAAAACGAAGUGGCUCGUGAAAAGGAGAAGCAACGGGCGCGUGAACUGAAAAAUGUGGUUCGAAUUCAGGCAGCGCAAAAGCAUCUCCAGCAUGCAGACCGUUUAGAAGCGCUUAAGGAGGAACUCAUCUCCACGCGCGUUCAAGUUGCCGACCUUGCGGAACUCAGGGAGAAGGAGACAAGGCACUGGAAGUUGGCGGAAUCCCUGACAGAUCAUGAGGUCCGUCGCCUCGAAGAAGCUGCUCGUGAACGCCUUGUAAAGGCAAAGCGGGCCAUCGAAGAGGCCGAAAAAAAGAGUUCUCCGCAGUCAGGGGAGGGUGAGAGUGGCUCGAUUCCUGUAGUAACAACUCCACCAGUGGUGACGGCAGCGCGGAGUCCCUUAGAGAUGGCUAUAAAAACUCCACGGACACCUAUAGUGUCACGCGGUCCUGUGCAGGUGUACCGCACGAUGCAGAGCUGUGCAACUCGUGGAGUGAAUGAAACCCAUUGGUCAGAGCAUCAUCAAGAGCGUUUAACAGGUGGGCAGCCACCAACUCCUCCAGCUUUGUCCUCAUUUGUGCCAGUUAGAAGUCCCUUAUAUGAUAACCUGUUUGACGACGCUGUGCCUGGGAGUCAGAGCGAGACGAAGUGGCCAACAAACGUUCAUGCCCCAUCGCAGAGACGGCGACCUUCGAGUGACCAUGACGAACACUCGUCUGCAGGAACUGUAUUGCUUCGUUCCCGUGGCUCUACGGCCUACCGGUUGCCACGUCCGCCCCAUGAAAGACUGAGCAUGACACUUGAAAGAGGGCAUAGAUGA